GCAUGACAGAGUGAGAACUGAGACAUCUGUGGCUCUCAGGGUGUUACUUUCAGGAAGUUGUGGUAAGAUUUGGGUGGACCGCUAUGAGACCAAGACGGACAGGGAACUUUACUGACAAAAGUUCUGAAGAGCUCAGUCGAUACCGAGGUCAGGACAGCGCUGCAGAGAGUUCUUUACACACCCAGGUCCCACUUACCCAAGCAAGAUGAAGAAAUGCCCCACUGCUAUUAAUGGUGAUGGAGAUGUAGCCUCUGCUGUUCACAGCUCUGCUAAAAUGAGAGAAAAAGUGUGUCAUGUAAAUACCGUCAGCAUCAGAGCACAGAGCAGUGAGAGACCAGGGCCCAGAUGUCCAACAACAUACAACCACGUUCCCAGAGAGCGACCGAACCUCACAGUCUUGGCAUCCAACGUGACCUUGCGCUCUCAUCAGAGACGCUGGUCAGUUGACUUUUGUAAAUGCCAGACACCGCCUGUCAUCAUGCUGAGGAAGAACAAAAAGGAACCUGACCCUCCUCAGCGCACUGCUUCCCUUCUGCGACUAGAGACAUCCUCGCAUUCGUCUUUCAAGCGAUACUCAUGCCCCCCCAUUGGGAUCUUUUCAUCGACAUCUUCCUCUUCUUCCUCCACCUCCUCCUGUUCUUCCCCAACUUCUGUUCCCACAUCUGUCAUCAUCGGCCCAGAUCCUUUAGGAUGGAAAAUACAACCCAAAUCCAGGUUCAACUCCUCUCAGAACCGCACCAAGAGGCUGUCUCUGCAAAUCCCUCUCCCUACUCUCCCUAUCCCCAGCUCUCCAAACCCAGAACCUUUGUCUCAAACCAAACCUGCACUGAGACCCAAACCUUCCCGCCGCCACCACUCCGAGUCCUCUGCCUUCCUGAAAUCUCUCAGGAAGACUCAGCCUGCGGUGACUCUUGAGCAGCUCCAUGCCGUGCAUCUCCGGCGAGUUAGCCUUUCCGAUGAAUCGGACGACGUCUUUGAUGAGCCGGGUCAAAGCCAGGGAAAGGUGUCUGUUUCACCCCGGAAAAUACCGCCCCCUGUUCCAGAGAAGACAGCCAUGGCCAGGAAAAUAGCACAGCUGAUUGCUUGUUCAUGGCACAGGCCAGUUACAGCCAACAUCAACAAGAUCACUGCGAUGAAGCCAACGUCUGAACACUGGCAGAAUAAGGGCCAUAACAACAUGUGUGCCACAAAAAUGGCAGAGCUGCAUCUUUAUAACGUCUGCAACAGGAACAGGUGAACCGCACGCUUCCCCGGCCGUGAAAUGCGAGGAGAUGACUGAAGAGUCUCCUCCUCAGCUUCACAAAUUACGACCGCGGGACGUGAAGCCCAGAGAACAAACUGUCCCCGAAGACGACUUCGCUCAAGUUUUCCUUUUUUUCAUGGUUUUAUGCUCCAAGGACUAAUAUUGCUGAAAUUGUUGAAAACUAAAGUGUCUCAUUACUUCAAUAUUUUACACUCCCCUCCCUAAAUCAUAUGUGCCUCCUUGCAAUUGCAUUUGAUGUUUUGUUUGUGAAAAUUACUGGUGUGACUGAAAAUGUUUGUACAGGCCCAGGUAUGCAAUUACCUUUGAAUUAAACUUAGUAAAAUGUGCCUGUUUCUAUGCAAUUACCUCAUGUGAGUUGAACAAAAAGUCUGAAAUAAAGAUAAUGAGGCGUCAGGAUUUAACUACCGUUAGUCGACAUGUC